UAUAUAUAGCUUCUUCUUCUUCCAAAGCUCAGCCAUGGAUUCCAUAUCAGGAUCCUUCAAACCCGACCCCGACCCGCUAGACGAACUGGAUCGCAUCAUCCCGCUGGACUUCAAUGGCGUCCACGAGCUCCCAGAAUCCCACACCUGGACCCAACCCAAUGACCAACCCACCACCACAAACUUAUCGGUACCCGUAAUAGAUCUCCAGGACCCGGAUUCGAAGGAGCUCAUACGACAAGCCUGUGAGAAAUGGGGACUCUUCCAGGUCACCAACCACAGCGUCUCCGCCAGCCUCCUCAACCGAAUUGACCGCCAGUCCCGCCGGCUCUUCGCCCUGCCGGCGAAGCGCAAGCGCCUCGUGAUUCGGUCCCCGGGCGGCUUCACUGGCUACGGCGUCGCCAGGAUCGCCCGGUUCUUCCCGAAGCUCAUGUGGUCGGAGGGCUUCACGGCUGUGGGUUCGCCGGAGGUGCAUGCCUGCCAACUUUGGCCUCAUGACUAUACCACAUUCUGCGAUGCAACGGUAGAGUACCAGAACGAGAUGAAGGGGCUUGCGGACAGGAUGCUGGGCCUGAUGCUCAAGUGUUUGGGCUUCACCCGAGAAGAUCUAAACUGGGAAAAGACCAACAGAUCCGGAUCCAAACCCGCCCAAGGCCUACUCCAACUGAACUCAUAUCCCGUCUGCCCGGACCCCACCCGGGCAAUGGGCCUGGCCCCACACACCGACUCAUCACUCCUCACUCUGCUCUACCAGAGCAACACCGCCGGUCUCCAAGUCCGCCACGGCGACGACGGCUGGGUGGCAGUGCCGCCUCACGCCGGCGCGCUCGUCGUGAACGUGGGCGACCUGAUGCACAUUCUCUCAAACGGCCGAUUUAAGAGCGCGCAGCACCGGGCGGUGGUGAACAAGGCUCGGCACCGGAUCUCGGUGGCCUACUUCUACGGUCCGCCGGCGGACGUGAAAAUCGGGCCGGCGAUUAGGCUGAUCGACGUCGAUCAUCCGCCGAUCUAUCGGCCGGUGACAUGGAAGGAGUACCUGGACGUCAAGGCGGCGUACUUCAACAAGGCGCUUGAUCUGAUUCGCUCGGACGCGUUCAGCACAGAAAGAUGA